AUGUCAGAUCAAAACUGCUCUACUACUUCACACGGAAAUGGACACAUGGGCAAAAGCCGGCUUAGCCAAACGAGCCUGGACACUCCUUGUUCUAGCCUAAGUCAAGAAACCUAUCCACAGAACGUUGAAAAUUUUACGCUUAGCGGAAAGUUUUGGGGCCGUGUUAAGAAAUUUCUCCUUUGUAAGAGCGGAUUUCCCUCGGGUGUUUGCUACAUCGUAGGGAGUGAAUUCUGCGAGCGAUUUUCUUACUGUGGGAUGAAAGCCAUCUUGAUCUUGUAUCUGACUCGUGUGCUUGCUCUUGGAGACGAUACCGCCACUGCAGUCUUCCAUAGCUUUCUAAUGUUAUGUUACUUUACUCCUUUGUUUGGGGCAAUGAUCGCCGAUGGCUGGCUUGGAAAAUACAGGUAAGUUAAAUAGAAUCUCUUAGUUAUGUUCUAGUGUUUAUCUGAUUACUAUCUCUAUGAGUUCUUCAGUCAGUCCUCUGAUCACAUUACCCGAUAAGACUCCAUUGCUCAGUUGACUAAUUCAGCGCCAUUAACAUGAUAUGCUUAAGCUCCGUCUGAGAUUGUGUACCUAGCGGGGGUGGGGGGGCAUGCAAAUGGAGAUCACUUCAAAAUCUGUAGGAAUUUUUGGACAUGAAUCACACUAUAAAUCUGAUCUAAAUAGCAAACCCGCGCUUGUAUAAAUAUUUACGCAUUGGGGUCACAGUUCAUAUCACAGACCCUCGUAUCACAAAUUGCCUUGUUAUUCAAUCAAGCUUCAAGUUCCUAUGUGAAUAAAAUACAAAUUCAUCGUAUAAAUAUUCAUGCAUUCAGGCGUUUCGUCAUGGAUAAUAAGUACCCAAUACAACCAAAGACAUAAAAGUAUUCAAAGAAUGAUUUAUAGCGCAGUUGCUUUCUUUCCUCAGCCGUUCUCAAUUUAGGGCUUGAGUAGUUUAGUAGCACUCAAGCAAUCAAUUUCUAUAGUAUACAGGAAAUUUUUGAUAAGUUCGGUCUUUCAUAAAUUGUGCACGGUUUCCAAACUGUUUUACUUUUACUCAUUUCCUCUCUAACUCACCGAUACAAUUAAAUUCCUUAAUUUAAAAAAUGACCUUUACAUAGUAAGUACGAUCCUUUAUAAGGUGUUAUUUGUUUAGUUAACUUUUAGAAAAGAUAGUAUAUAUUUACUCGUGUGCUCGAAGAAAAUACGCGUUGUUGGUCAUUUUCCGGUCACUUUCUCUGUUGUCUUACUGACUGACCAGCCAUUCAGGUUUAAUUUUAGCGCGUCACACCAUAGUUAUUAGAGGAGACUGGUUAUGAAAAGCGGCAAACAUCAAUGAUAAAAACAACAGUGCUGCAGUUUAUGUUGGAAGUACCGUGAAAGUGCACAAUCCUUUGUUUUCUGUUGGCAAAUUGUUACGGAAUAAAUUAAUGCAACGUUUUUAUUGGUCAAUACAAUCAAAAUGAUAGGAAUUCUUUUGAACGUUGUGCACUUUCACAGGGACCGCGGAGGGGGAGGGGCUGGUAGGGCUGCGGCCCCACCACUUUUUUGCGCCCCCGCCCCCACUUUUUGAAAAUCAAAUACUAUGAUUUUAUUCCUUUUUUCGAUUUUCAAUAUGAAAAAAUUAUUUUCAAUUGUCAGCCCUCCCACUUUUCACCUUGCUCCGCGGCCCCUGUUUCAGGUCCACAAUACAACAAAGGAGUGUGACGGGUUUCAUAACCAUUCCACUCAAUUAACUAUGGUCACACAUAUAAGUCCCGUAAGAUGACGCUCCAUUGCGGGUGAUACUUUAUCAAAGGAAAGUUGAAUUAUUACCCUUUAGCGAGGCUAAAUCUGCUUUUUAAGCAUUAAGUGUUUUUACGCAGUGGGCUAUGAAAAAGAUGCCAGUAAAUGAAAACUCGAAAACCCAGAUCCGCUACUGUUUCUUGCGUUGAUAUUCGUUUAGCAUUCUUACACUUCAUUAUUUGCGUUUUCCUGAGUUCUUCUGUUCAUGUAACCCAUUAGCCAAAUUUUCACAGUAAAACUCUCGGGGAGUUAAAGAAAAAAUAUAAAUUUUAACUUAAUAGGAACUUAUAACUUAUGAGACAAUUGAAAACUUUGUGUAAAAAUUCCUUUUCUCAUUUUUCCCUAGAACAAUCCAGUUCGUUUUUCUUCUUUAUGGUGUAGGGAGCCUGAUAGUAUUUGUCACAUCACUACCUCCGCUUGGUGCUGGUGAGAUUCCAGGACCAAUGAUUGGUUUAUUCCUGAUUGCAUUAGCAACUGGUGGAAUCAAACCAUGUGUGUCAUCUUUUGGAGGAGACCAGUUUACUUCUGAUCAGACACAUCUGCUUCAGAGCUUUGUUUCAGUAUUAUAUUUUGCUAUGAAUGCUGGAAGUCUGCUCUCAAUGUUCAUCACACCCGUACUAAGAGGUAAGGUUACUCGUUUAUAGAAGUUUGUUAUAACAUGAUACAAGUGUUUAGUGCAGGAACGGAAAGUAAAAUUAAACAUCAUCAUUAUCCUUCGGCAUGCGCUGGAAUGUUUUGUCUUCCACGUCGUGCCGUCCCAGAUUGCAGAAUCAAGAUCUGAUACUCCAAUUCGCGUAUACCGAGCCAAACGCUGGGGGGUUCGGUCCAGGGAACUGAAGGCGCGCAGCGUCCUCUCCGAUCUCCGAUGUAUUCCUUCUUGUGUGUUGCAGACUUGCAGGCUCAGAUCAGUUAAUGUUUGUGCAUUGCGUCGAGGUUUAGUCAACUUUCCACCCAAUAUAUUGUGGUCAUUUGAAGCCAGUUUGGGUUUAUGCGCCGUAAUAUAAUAUAGGCUCAACUAGAUUUUGGAACUUUGUUGGAGAUAAAGAGCGCCAUAAGAUUGUUGGGCUGGCUGCCGGGGAUGCACGUGGUGCUAGCUGGAUUUAUUUAGAUAUAGCCUUUCAGGAUUAUUAAACUCGUAUAUUGGUUUAAAAAAGUGAUAAUUACCAUGGAAUGUAAAGAGUCACUAUGUAUUAGCUUCAAGUGAUAAAUGUUAAAUUAUCUAGAGAAACUUGGUACCUACAUCAGCCAAUUGAGCACUUUGUAACUUAGGGUAAUGAACAUGAUAAAUAAGGAACUCAUAAAUUUUUCUAUUUGACAGGAGACGUGAAGUGUUUUAAAGAUGACUGCUAUCCAUUGGCCUUUGGUCUUCCUACAGUAUUUUUGAUGAUAGCUGUUGCUAUAUUUUGGUGUGGCCGUCACAAAUACAAGAACGUCCCACAAACUGGUAACAUGAUAUGGAAAGUGACUAAAGUUAUCAGCUACGCACUUAAAAAGAAAAUUACAACCAAGGUAAAAUAUAUACAGAUAUGAAGAUUGCAUCGUAGAAAACCGCCAUCAGGGCUUGUAAAGGUGAUAGUACACGGGACGAUACGCGACGACGAUUUUUAGCGCAACAUAUGUCCAGUUACAGCAUAGUCUCAGACGGCGCAACAUUGUUCCAACAUUAAGAAGCCGUAUUGCGAAUUGUCCGUUUAACAUCACCUUAAAAACUCCUCAAACUAAGCUAAAUGUAACGACUGUAACACUCAGUAACAACCUAUGUACUUCUCCUGGCUGUGCUCUCUCUCGUGAUAUAAGUCAAGAGAAUGCCACUAUACACUACAUUAUCUUUAAGUUUGAUUGUUUGUCGGAAAACUUGGUUCGUCCACAGUUAGGUGGACUAUGAUGGCAGUUGUAUUGCAACACAUCGCAAAGAAAUUGAGUAUUAUAGAAUUCAGUUAUCAAGUUAACAGCAAAUUCACAGUGGUAAGGCUAUGGUCGUCAAGCAUUGAGUGAUAACUGAGUUAUCACAUUUUUUUUUCAUUAGGGAGAGUCAAAGGAACAUUGGAUGGACUGGGCUGGUGAUACAUAUGACGCACAGUUGAUUCAAGACAUCAAAGCUCUGUGUAAAGUGUUAUUCAUGUUUCUUCCUCUGCCUGUCUUUUGGACGCUGUUUGAUCAGCAGGGUUCUCGCUGGGUUUUGCAGGCACAACAAAUGGAUGGUUAUGCAGGUUAUUGUUGCCGAAUGAACCUAGCUAGUGAAUGACCAAGCUCAUAUCCCUCCAAUCUUCUUUCAUCAGCUAAAGUAGCCAACAGGUUCUGACGUUCUUAGCGAUUUUUCUGAGAAAUGAGUAAAAGAGGAAAAGGGGUUUGCGCAAAUGGGUUUUUGAGAAAUGAAUAAAUGUAUUACAAUCCGAAGAUAGCCAUGCUUGUUUUCAUUUAAUACUAUAUCUAUAUUGCUAUUUAUAUUACAUUUUCAUAAGUCCUGUUGUUUAGAGCUUUGGAAAUGCAUGCUGCUCAACUCGUUAGUGAGGUUACACUCUUUCACUGAACAUAAGUCAAUGCAUGCAUGGCAUUCAUUAACCACCACCUCCUUAGACAUAAAUUUACUUUGCAAUGAUUUACUUCCUUCCAGCAGAGUUUGGCUGGGAGUGUGCCAACAAGGCCUUCAGACGCUGGCCCUUUUUAAGACAAAAACUGCUCAUUUUGUAAAAUUGUACAUCCUGUUUAACACUUGGGACCUCAAAAAACCAUACUCUGUUCGACCGCACAUACCCGUUUAGGUAAAAUAAGGGUGCCCCCCUUCCCAACCUCCACCCUCCCCCCGCGUAACAAGGUGUUACACGUCUGCCGUUUUCCUUUUAACCAUAUGAUAAUAAUGAUUCAAUCAUUCACCUUCUAUUCAUUCAGGAUUUUUGGGAACGUUUAAGCCAGAUCAAAUGCAAGCCUUCAAUGCUCUUUUCAUCAUCCUUCUCAUUCCGCUGUUCGAGGGUGUGUUGUAUCCCCUUUUCAAGAGACCAACCCCACUCAAGAGGAUGUGUGCUGGAAUGUUUCUUGCUUGUGUGGCUUUUGUCUUUGCUGGUUUUUUGCAGAUGAAAAUACAGGUAUGAUAACUUAUAGCAUGUAUGAUAGCAUCUAUAUGUCAAACCAUGGUAUUAUGGACAUGAAUGGAAAAAUUUCUCAUUUCUUAAUAUUUUAUUUUAUUUUCUCAUUUAAUCAAAAAACAGUCAUCAAAUAAACUUAACUUGGGCUUUGAAAGUGUUCAAAUUUUGGUUCUUUGAUUAAUUUUCAGCGCUUGAAUUGUCAGUAAUCAGGAUUCCACUUCAACUUGACAGGGAGGGGAUAAAAGAAAGAGAAGGUAGCGAGAGGGGUGGAGGGGGGCGAUUAGUUUCAAUAUUUCCAUCAAAGGGGGGCUAUUAUUCGAGGCAGACGAUUAAUCGAGGAAAUACGGUAAGCGGAGCACUAAUAUGGAAAGGGAGGUAGCAAUGAGUGGAGCACCGUCCGACUCCGGUUUGUCAGUCACAUGAUCACUGCUACGAGUUACCGGCUUAAAAAUAAGCAUCAUUCUACAGUUACAUUUCACUUUAUCACCUUUAUGUUCAACCAGACCUUAAUUGCGAUGCGAGACUGAUUGCAUAGUGUAUUUUACAGAUGACAUUUUACGUUCUUGCUUUUUUAGAGUGAAGAAAUGAUUAAAGACGCGCCACCAUCUGGGCAAGCGAAUCUACAAGUAAUCAACACUUUACAAUGUCCUGUGACACUCACUCUGGAAAACAAGAACAUAACUAUUGAUCCCUUGGAUAAAUCUUCUGAACAGCAUUUGUCUGUCAAACAAAACGUAACUCUCAUGAUCACAUCUCCCGCAGACUGUAAACAUCUGUCGAAAUUAUCGUUAUCGUAUCAGCCUGACUUGAAAGAACAUGAGUGGUACAACUUUGUUAUCGGUGGUGUUGGAAAUCAACUGAUUGGACACAUGGUUAAACAAAACAUUACUCCGGCUCCCCCUCAUGGUAGAGCAAAAUUGUGCACACUUCUUUUUUCAUUACCACCGGAUGACAACUCAUUUGAUGUCCUGCUUGACAAGCAUCGGGUUCAAGAGAAUGUUUUAGUUCUGGGGAAGGCAGUUUGUAUUGUGCUUUCAGCAGAUCACUAUAGAAUGACGGUUGUUGGGAGGAAAUCCAGUAAAGUAUAUGCAUCCAGUGAAGUUCUUCUAAAGAAUGGUGGAAUCUAUACUGCUGUGGUACAAGAAAACAAGAAAGAUUACGCAAACCCAGCAGAAGUUCUUCUUUUCAAAGAUUUGGAUGCUAGAAACGUCUCUAUGUUGUAUCAGAUUCCACAAUAUUUUGUCAUCACAAGCGGAGAAAUCCUUUUCUCCAUCACUGGUGAGCAUCAUUAAUUUAUUUACGACCUUGUAACAUUCCGGUUCUGCAUGGUAAAUAACGUUGUAAUAGUAUGAUUAAAAAGUAUAAAUUUAAUGGUAGUUCAUAAAAUGCACCAUUGGCUGUCGUUGUCAGUCCGUUUUUGCUUCAGUUUCACCCAAUCAGCUUAUUCUAUGAUAAGCCAAAAAAAUACCUUUGACCGUAAGAAUAGGUUCUAUAUAGUAGUGUAGUAUAAGCCGAAUUAUUAUUCAUUCAAAAUAUUUCCCCGAUUCUGAUUGGCUAAAAGCACACGCAUAAUUUACCAUAACCAGUUACUGAUGACCAAAUUUGGAAGAAUAUUGUGUUUAACGAGGAAAUGACGUCAAAAAUGCAGCGUUCUUGCAGGUUAAUGCACCGUUAACCGAGACGACCUGGGGACGAGGUUGACUUGAUUUGGUUGCGAAAACAAAAAAUGACGGACAUUUCACUCGUUUCAAGAGUAAGAACUAGGCGAAAUUAUAGCUAAACACAUGGCAAGAACAGCAAGAGCACAACUCGAAGGGCCACAUCUGCUAUUUGGAGAAUAUUUGCGGAGCUGAACAACCCUAAACGUGCACUAUCGAAGGUGAACUUAACAUCGAUGGAGGAGUUAUUUUGAAUGAAUAAUAAAACAAUUAUUGAAUUCGGCUUUCGUAUCAUAUGAAGAAUUAUGGAGAUCUCGGAGGGUGUUAUCCCUCUCGGCCUACUCCCUCGACGGAUAACACCCUGCUCGAUCUCCAUAAUUCUUUAUAAGAUACUCAGCCUCAUUCAUUAAUUGUUAAUUAUCCCCUUUUGGCAAAGACAGAAAUUUUGUUAGGUAGGGCAGGAAAGGUUAAAACAAGGAAUUAAGAAAGUUCGUGACUCGUUGGUUAUCAGAUACUACAGACGGUAAACUUAAGAUUUUCAAAUUACCCAAAUCAGUAGAUAAAAACUGUGCUAAACAAUUAUUAUAGAUAAACUUGACAUAAAACUGUUCAUUGUUGUGUAAAUAUUAUGACUAGUGAAAGGCAAGAAAAAGAAAAACUUGGUAAAGCAAUUCAGUUUGACUGAGGCGAUGAUUUUAAUUAUCUUUAUUGCCUUUGUAAGAACGUCGCUUACUGGUUUCUUUCUUUUGUUAUUUGAUAGCGUAUGGUAGCGUUUGAGCAACAUAAAAGCUCCUUUUUUGUAUCGCGAAUAAUUGUGUAUUAAGCUGGUGACAGUAAAACAGACACUGAUCCAGAGCACAAUUUGGUGUCGUAGAUCGUAAGAGUUCGCACAACAACUCAUUAUUUCCUAUUAAUUGUUAAGUCAAGAAUGUAAAUUCCCAUUCCAUACAUUCUUUUUCUUUAAAGGUCAGUGUCUGGAGUUUUCGUCAGUGGUUGUGGACCUGUUGAUUUUUCUAAUUGUCUUCAUACUUCAAUCUUCAGGUUUAGAGUUUGCUUAUUCCCAAACUCCGGCAAACAUGAAGUCCUGUCUUCACGCUGCGUGGCUGAUGACCGUGGCAUUCGGCAAUCUGAUAGUCGUCAUCGAGGCAGAAUCUCACCUCUUUGGCAGUCUAAUGAUGGAAUUUUUCUUUUUUGCUGCCAUGAUUUUCGUUAUUAUGUUGGUAUUUAUGAUGAUGUCCACAUUUUAUUACUAUCUGGAAACACCUGCUGAACCAGUUGUGCUGGUUCCUAUUGAUAGGACUGAAGACAGAAUGGGAAUAGGGAAAAUGCAUAAAUUAGCAAAAAUCUAAAGAAUCACUUAAUUAUUCAGCUGAAAAUUUUAGGAGCACUUGUAAGUAAUGUGGCAACAUUCCUUUAUCACUCUUGCGAGAACUUAGGGCCCGUUUCUGGAAAAUGCCGGGAAGGUUUUGACGCGAAACCAAAGCAGGGCGGGUUCAAGCUCCCAAACCACUUACGCCAGUUAACUUUAAAACUGAAUGUUUCUAAAACCUUGAGGUUGAAAGGGCAAACUUGCGAUGGCUUUCCGAGCCUGAUUUUAACCAGGGCAAAGACUUGAAAGCAAACUGAUGCAAGGCCACUUAAAAAAUAAAGCCCAUCAAAUUAAAGCCAUCUUCUUGCAAAGGAUACUCAUUAAUCUGCGAAGCAAUGCAUUGACGUUUAUGGCGUUUUAGCCUUUUGUCUUUGUCUAAUCAAUAAAAUGCAUGCAUCGGUGAUUAACGUGCGGUAAAAUAAAGUAGCGUCGAUGACGUCACAACUGCUGCCCUUAUCUCACAAAAAAUUAGGUGGAAUUUUGAUGAGCUACGAUGACAUGCUUCAUUUUUAGCUUACCGAGCGCGUUGAAAGUUUCUAAGCUAUUUUUAUGUCGUUGAUGUCAUGUUGCUUUUAGCUCUAGAAAUCUCUUACAUUACGGUUCAGGGAUUAUGCGAGUUGGCGCUACUAUUUUCGUCAAAAUUCAAAAAAAAAUGAACGUUCAAACAAAAAAAAGGCUGAUUGGACAGCUAUGAAUGGGUAAUUUAUUUGCCCAAAUGAAUUAUUUUUUUUUUGUGAAAGUAAGUUACUCAUCCAUAGCUGUCUAAUCUUUGCCUUACCCUUAAUUUAGAAAUGAAUUAUUCAUGAGAUAACUGAGAAGAGGCUAUCUCGACUCCUUCGACGCUAACUUAUUGCUGCCUAGUUAAUGAAUUUUCUGCGCAGCAAAGGUCUCCUUGUAGCUCCAUCUUAAUGAGAGAUUCCUCCGCAGGAAGAGGGUUAUUUUAGUGCGCUCUAUAAUGCUUAAAGUUUGCAAAGUAUCGCUGAAAUAUCUGUCGUACUAGUUACGUGUAACUACUUAGACGACCCUAAAGAAGAUUUCCUUGUUGUGUCAUAACUGUGAUAAGGUCAAUAUUUUGAAACAUUUGUUUCACGUGUGAACGUUUUAGAUUUUCCUUCUUUCUGCAAUGUAGAUACACUUUAUAAUCAGCGAUCCGUUCGCCGGUUUUAUCUGCAUAAUAUUGAUGACAUUUGGGACCUUUUUUUCCGUUUUUAAAGUCACUGAAAAAUUAAGAAUCAAGUUUUCCCUUGUACUACAAGGGUUUUUAAAAAGGGUCUUGACUAAGCGAGGAAAGGCCAGCAUUUGGAGGGUCUCUUAACUACAAAUUUAACAUAAAUGCUUCAUGGUUGAGUGCAUGAGUGCCUUUUAUUUUUCCUUCGGAAAACUUCAAAUGCCUCAAUGUGGGGUGACCAAGGGAGUGAGAAACAAACAGCUUAGACUCAACAACAUCUUUCGUGGAAAAGGUUGAACUUCCAUUUUUCAGUUACUUAUAAUCGGGCAAAGGAAAAGAGUGAUCGAGGCAUGGAAGCAGAAUCACAUUUCCGCCAGUUCGCCAAAAUUACACAAUUAUUUUUCCUCUGACAGGCGAAAAUACACAUGAGAACACUGACAGUAUCUUCUUGGAUUUUGCAGCGUAUGUUACUCAAAAAGUAUAUAUGCUGUUGAACCGACGGGGGAUUCCUACUAUGUUAAAGCGUACUCAAAAUCAUAAAGAAGCAUUUCAUAUCGCCACAAGAGUAG